AUGUCUCGAAUGUGGGAGGUCGACCCGGAGACAAGAGCCAAGCUCCUCCAAAUCUCCAAGACCAACGGAAAUGACAGAUGUUGCGAUUGCAACGCACCAUCGCCCCAAUGGGCCUCCCCCAAAUUCGGAAUCUUCAUCUGCCUAAACUGCGCCGGCACCCACCGCGGCCUGGGCGUACACAUCUCUUUCGUCCGCUCAAUCACCAUGGACGCCUUUAAGACGGGCGAAAUCCACCGCAUGGAACAAGGCGGUAACGAACCUUGGAAGUCGUUCUUCGAUAACCACGCGAUUACACAGUCUGAGGGACGGACCUUUGAGGAUUCUACGAUUAAGGAAAGAUAUGAAGGAGAAGUCGGGGAGGAGUGGAAGGAGAGGCUGGCGGCGAAGGUGGAGGGGAGGGAGUAUGUUCCUGGGCAGCGGGAGGUUAAGAAGAAGGAAACACCAGCGGCGAGUCAGGGACCAAGUUCGAUAUCCAACACCGGGCCGAGAGGAUCCUCGCCUGCUCUUAGUGAGGGCGGGGGAGUAGGAGGAGGAAAGAAAGAGCGCAACGAGGCGUAUUUCGCAAAACUGGGGACCGCAAACGCCACGCGUUCUGAAUCCCUGCCCCCAUCGCAAGGUGGGAAGUUUACUGGGUUUGGAGGCGGAUUGCCGCCAAGUUCGCCGGCGGGAUCGAGGAGUUCGUUUAUGGGCGGUGCUGGCGGGGCGCCUGCAUUGGAUGACUUUCAGAAGGAUCCCAUGGGCACGUUGACGAAGGGGUUUGGGUGGUUUACAUCGGCUGUGGGGAAGAGUGCGAAGACGGUGCAUGAUUCGUAUAUCCAGCCUACGGCGAAGCAGCUCGCCGAAUCCGACUUCGCGGCCCAAGCCCGCCUGCAAGCCGUGCACCUCGGCCAGAACAUCCAAGUCGGCGCGCGCGGCGCCGCAGACCAAUUCAACCGCUUUGUCGAGGGCCAGGACGAACAUACCGCGUCUUUAGCUAGACGCCGCGGGGAACCUGAGCGGAAGGACUUUUGGGAUGAUUUUGCGGCGUUGGGGGCGGAGGGGCAGGGGCAGCAUCGGAGGAGUGCGAGUCGGCCUAAUGCUAUUGGAACGGCAGCUAUGAAGCCGGGGGCUACGGGGGCGGGGACUGGAACUGGGGCGACGGGUAGUACUGGUGCUGCUGGUAGUGGGAGUGGGAGUGGUGCUACUGGGACUGCAAAGGGGCAGGGGCAGCAGCAUGAGGAGGGGUGGGAUGAGGAUUGGUAG